AUGGAAAGUACUCCGAAGCAAUCAAUUUUUUUUAUUAAAGUAACAGUUUUACCAGAUGUUUCAGAUCAUGAUCGAGCUAUUCUCUUUUCAAAUGUGGCUACAAGUCGAUUAGCAUUGUGGAAAGCAUAUUAUCGAGUGGGAAAAAUCUAUGCUGCAUUGGAUGAUCACGAAAAAGCAAUUAAUUCAUUUGAACGAGCAUUUGCACUUGAUCCGACAAAACAAGAACUAUACUCCUGCAUAAACACAAAUAGACGCUGA